GUGAGACGCUCAUCUCCAGCGGCUCGAACAGCUGACGACGUGCACUUGGCGACGUAACUUUGAUUGUUAUUGUUGUUGGACAAGAGAGGUUUUGGAUCGGCUCAGGAAAACCAGUUUGUGGAAGUGGAAGUGGCCAACGUGAGCAUAACUGCAACGGCAACUGACCAACUAUUACAAGCCACCAACGAGAGAGGGGGAAAAGCGACAGCGGCGUAUGCCCGCCGAAAAGAAAGUUUUGACGCAAUCCACGGGCCGCUGCCUGUAAUGAAGAAGCGUCGACGCCGCAGUAGCUGCUGCACUAUACCCGCGGACGGACGCAGCUACGGUUUACCUGUGGAUCUCUGGACCUCGUCUUUGUCUCUUUAUCUUGCCAGCAGCAUCGGAAUUGGAACUGAAAUUGGGAUCGAACAUCGGACAACAAGCAACGAGUCAUCUGACAUUCGAACAACAAAAGCCUCACAUUGCGGGAAAAGUGAAAUCGCUGAUAAACCCAAAUACCCCCAGUCGAUUGUUGUGAGAGUCAGUGGACUGAACCAUCUGAACCUGGAAUCUAUUUUAAGAGCAUGGACGAAUUGGCUCGCACUUGGGUAUAACCGAGAUAAUAGUGAAGUAAUCGCCCAGACAGGGAAAUCAGACAAGCGACAUCCCCACGCUCCACUGAGCAUGACACUUAAAUGCCAUUGAAGAGUUGGCAGUCGCAGCAAUAAAAGUGAAAUCCGUACGAGAAACCGCACGCAUACGAAAAGCGAAUCCAAAGCAGUUCCGAAAUAGACAUGGCGGUAACCACAGGCUCCAGCAGCGGAGCAACCACCACCGCUCCUCCCCCCGUUCAGCGUCGCAAGCACAGUACACGGGAGCAACUCCAUCAGAUGCUUGCUGGCGGUCUGUCCGCCGCAAUCACACGUUCCACCUGCCAGCCUCUGGAUGUGCUCAAGAUCCGUUUCCAACUUCAAGUGGAGCCGCUGGGCAAGGUGCGCGGAAAGGAAGUUGGUUCUGUGGGAGGCCUUACCUCCAAAUACACGUCAAUUGGACAGGCGAUAAAAACCAUAUAUCGGGAAGAAGGGCUUCUGGCCUUCUGGAAGGGCCACAAUCCUGCCCAGGUGCUGAGUAUCAUGUAUGGUAUUUGCCAGUUUUGGACAUACGAACAGCUCAGCCUACUUGCCAAGCAGACGACAUACCUGUCCGACCAUCAGCACCUAUCCAAUUUUAUGUGUGGCGCCGCUGCCGGAGGAGCAGCGGUCAUUAUAUCUACACCUCUGGACGUAAUCCGCACCCGACUGAUUGCGCAAGAUACUAGCAAAGGUUACCGGAAUGCCACACGUGCUGUGUCAGCCAUAGUACGUCAGGAGGGUCCCAGGGGCAUGUACCGCGGACUGUCGUCUGCUUUGCUGCAGAUCACUCCACUGAUGGGAACCAAUUUCAUGGCCUAUCGUUUAUUCAGCGACUGGGCGUGUGCCUUCCUGGAGGUUGGAGACCGCAGCCAACUGCCCACCUGGACCCUUUUGGUGCUGGGAGCCUCCUCGGGCAUGCUCUCCAAGACGAUCGUUUACCCCUUCGACCUAAUCAAGAAGCGGCUUCAGAUCCAGGGCUUCGAAUCGAACCGCCAAACCUUCGGACAGACAUUGCAGUGCCGUGGAGUCUGGGAUUGCUUGCAACAAACAGUGCGGCAGGAGGGCGUGCGCGGCUUGUACAAGGGCGUGGCCCCCACACUCCUCAAGUCAAGCAUGACAACGGCCCUGUACUUUAGCAUUUACGACAAGCUCAAGCAGGUGCGCUUCUAGGUCGGAUCGGUGUCGGAGCCGCAAUAGCGAGUCGGGGGUUAAUGGGAGCGGGAGCUCAAACCCAUUGUGGCAGAAUCUACGCUGUAUUUUCUAUUUUUAUAUACAUUUACCACAGCGUGUACAUAAUAUUAAGACAUAGGCUAGCUGUUGAUUAGUUUUCGAUUAUGUGUACGGGGUUUCAGUUUAUCUUAGUUUAAUUAAUUUGGGCAGCGCACACACCCAACUACAAGUUAUCUAUAUUCUAUAUUACACCCACAUGUAUAUUCAUAUAGUUUUUAGUUGAGUAUUCGAAGCAAAGCCACUCAAAUCCAUUUUUAUGUUAACCUUUUGUUGAAUUUGCAAACGAAAACAACUGAGGCCAGGCCGCACGCUUUGUUUUAUUAUGAUUAUCAACUUUAACUAUUCAGGGACUUUAAUAAAACUUGACUACAUUGAAA